AUGGCAUGCAAUAAGUGUCGCCAGGGCAAUCGUAGCCCAGGCGACACGUGGUGCCUGGGUUGCCGAGCGCUCGAGGUAGCUCAGCUGGAGCUGGGGAGGCGUUGGCCUUGCCAACCUGCGCGGGACCUUGCGGAAGAGAUCCUGCUGAGUGCAACCAGGCACGUAAAGAGGCUUGGUGAACUGGGGCCUGGGCUGCUGAGUGAGCCCGCGAGGUACACGUUACCUUUUGAAUCGGGAGCGGCCAGGAGCCCCCCGGCUGUUGCUGCUCAGGUCCGUGCCAGCCCCGUUGGGCCGGCUGGAUUGGAGGGGCAACGUGCCGAGGAGGGCAGGGUCCCACCUCCUGAUUCGGCGGGGCCUGUGGCAGCCCCUGUGGUGGAGGCCGGAGCCCGUGGGAGCGAGGCGGCAGCUGGCCCUGACGAGGACGAGCAGCAAAGAGUUCAGCACCUCCUCCUGAGCCUGUCGUUCGGGCCCCAGAUCUGGUCCUCAGGGAAGCUGGGCGAAAGCGUGACUGGGAAGCCGGAAGGGGCUCUGAGUCACCGAACAUUGGCCCACGAGGACCUGGAGUUCCCGCAAAGGUCUGGCGUGAUGGCAGACGAAAGCGGCCCAUACGGGGAGGAAGCCGCUGGCCCGGAAGAGAAUGGAGGAGAAGCUGGAGCGCGUCCUGGCCUUCUCUCGACCUCCAGGAUGGUGUAUCGAGGUGUGGACCCUCGGCCAGUGGCGGCCCUGCUGCACCUCACUGAACACCCCGACAAGCCCGCAAACCCAGACAGCUUUGCGCGCAAAGCAGCGCCCGCAACACGCGUUGCGGAUCGCCUGAUCGGCCUCACUGUCUGCGUAAAAUCGGCCAUCGAUCACUCGUCCGCUACGGACGGUGAGAUCGUCAACGACGAGGUCCACUCCGCGCACGAGGGGGAAGAGUUCAAUGCGGCCUUCAAGGACAGAGCCGGAGCGCCGGAGGAGAGCGAGGCCGCGGGACAGAAGGAGAAGCGCGCCGAGCUGGAGAGGGAACCUCCUGCCCUGACGGACGGCAUGGCCCGCGCUCCGGCUCCUGUGAAGCAAGAGGUGGUGGAGGUGGAAAGCCACUCCAAGUCCGGGAGGUCAAGCAGCUCAACGUCGGAGGAGAAGGAGCUUGUGCCCCCAAUCCGCCGCAAAGCGGAGAAGAAGCCGGGGGCAGUGAUGGAAGAGUUGCUGGCCCAUGCCAGGUCGGUGCUGUCCGAAAGGGAGGCUGGAGAGAGUUGGGGAAGCUCCAGCUCCCGGCUGGAGGGCGAGGUCAAGUUGACCUUGUUCUUCCAGCUGUUCGGGAAGGACAGGUUUGCCAAUCGGAUCAGCGAAGUGGCCGAUGCCCUCGCCGGGCGCAUAAUGGCGCUCGAGGUGGAAACGAUGGACUCCGGCAACCUGGCUCGACCGGCCGCUGCCGCGCCUCUUUCGGCUGGCUGUGUGUCCAUGCCGGGGCCGCCUCCGGGUGGCUUGGGCGGGACCCACGUGCCGGCUGAGGAGGGAGCUGGCAGCUGGCCAGGGCCGUUGACAGUGGAUCAGACGGAACCAGCAUUGCCUCCUGCUGGCGCAGGGCCCAUCCUCAGAACGAUUAUCAACUUGAUUCCGAGCAAUCGCAUUCAAAAGGUCAUUGGCGGGCAUAUCAACUGUCUGCCAUCUAUCACGAAAUGGCAGUCUAUCAUCCUGGGAGAUGGCGAGAAUCUGCUGGCCUACCAGUGCGACAUGGCUUGUGCCUUCUACUUGUUUGCUUUACCUGAUGCGUGGCUCCCUUGGUUCUGUUUGAAUUUUGACCUAUCAGGACGCGACCUUGGACUCCCUACUGAUGUCCGGUACACCAUUGCGUGCUGUACUUUGCCCAUGGGGUGGAAGUCUGCUGUGGGCAUAAUGCAGUGCCUGAGUAGGCGGGUGUUGUUGGAGUCCCGGCUUCCUGAGACGCAUGAGGUUCGGAAAGAUCGAGUAGAUGGGAAGCUGUUCUUUGAUCAAGCACACACAGGUUGGGACAGCUUCGGGAUUCUUUGCGCAGUGGACAAGGAUGUUAAAGGGGCUGGUUUGGCCCAUGAGCUGGGCGCUGAAAUCAAUGGGGAACUAGGCAAGGUUAGUGGCGGAACGGCCCGGCUCUGGAAGACGGCAGUGUGUUCGCUGGCAGUUGCUUUGUUGUCAAAGCCAUUGUUCGCUGUCUUUUCUAAUUUAUGGCAAGCUGCCUUGCCGGGCUGCUCCCUGGCUGCCCGGUCGUGGCUACUGACGCUUCAGAACGUGGAGGAGCGGUGUGGGCCCUUGGAGUCGAACUUGUUGGUUGUUUCAUUGUUUAAUGGAAUUGGCGGCGCGUUCCGGGCUUAUGAUUUGUUGGGGAUUCAUCCGCUGGGGCUUGUCGCAGUGGAAUGCCACAAACCUGCCAAUCGAGUUACGCUCCGGGCUUGGCCUCGUGCUAUUGUGGUGGAUGACGUCAAUGACGUUGACGAGGCAAUGGUGUUGAACUGGCUGAUGCUUUUUCCCAUGGUCACUGAAGUCCACGUGUGGGGAGGCUUUCCUUGUGUUCAUCUCUCGUCGGCUCGGGCCGGUCGAAAGAACUUGGAAGGGCCGGGUUCCAACCUGUUCUGGAAGCUUGUGGACAUUCUGCACAUGGUCCGUCAAACGUUCUCUGCGGUUGCCUCUGUAAAAUGGGUCGUGGAGAAUGUAGCUUCCAUGGAUCCUGACGCCCGUGACCAAAUCAGUUCCGUGCUGCAAGUCCUCCCCUUGCGGCUGGAUCCAGCUGAUGUGCUUCCUUAUUCACGGCCUCGCUUAGCCUGGAUUUCUGAAGAACCAUUCGAGACCGAUGGAUCUCUCCUGUCUCGUCGUAAGGGGUUUGUGGAAGUAACCAUGAAGGCUGCAGGGGUGACGGAGUCUCAAUGGAUUCAGCCCGGCUGGAAGAGGGUUGACCCCUCCUGUCCGUUGCCGACUUUUAUGAAGUCCAUAAAGAGAGACAAACCGCCUCCAGUGUAG